UACCUUAUAAUGGGUUUUAGGACCACAUUUGCCCAUUUAAAAUUUAUUAAACAGGUUGUCAUUCGUCUAAACACAUUGCAACGUUUGUUGAUGAAGCUAUGGUUUCAUAUGAGAAUUCCAGGCCAAAGAAUAAGGGUGUAUUAUCAAAAUUGAGAAUAUAUUUGUAUUUUUUUUUUAAAGCCGUCAUUCUCAUGAACUUUUUCAUUAUAUCCCUAAGUUCAAUGAUUUUGGUAAUGAUGAAACUGCAGUUGUUUAUAGAGGUUUUCCGCCAAACUUCUAAG